AUGUUCGGCAGCAGCGGCAGCGGCGGCUACGGGGAUGGGGAGGGCUAUGGACUGGGCUACGUGGGGGGAGGGAGGCUGCAGCAGUACGCGCACUUCGCUCCUCACCAGACAUGGCAUCACCACCCCGCCCACCACGACACAUAUGCAGGAGGUAGCGGUGUGGGCAGUGUGGGCACCGUGGGCGGCGUCGGCAGCGUGGGUGGUGUGGGCGGCGUGGGCGGUGUGGGCGGUCUUUACCCCCAGAACAUGGUGAUGGGAUCUUGGUGCGGGCCCUAUGAUGCCCUACAGAGACCUCCAGCUUACGAUGGAGUGCUGGAGGCCUACGAGGAGGGUCGUGAGUGUGUGAACUGCGGCGCCAACAACACGCCGCUGUGGCGCCGGGACUCCACCGGCCACUACCUGUGCAACGCGUGCGGCCUCUACCACAAGAUCAACGGAGUGAACCGGCCGCUCGUGAAGCCGAGCAAGCGGCUGUCGGCGGCUCGACGCCACGGUCAGAGCUGCACCAACUGUGGCUCCAGGAACACGACCCUCUGGAGGAGGAACAACGAGGGCGAGCCCGUAUGUAACGCGUGUGGACUGUACUACAAGCUGCAUGGCAUUAAUAGACCUCUGGCCAUGAGGAAAGAUGGAAUACAAACCAGGAAACGUAAGCCGAAGAAAUCAGCGAACGGCGUGAAGCCUUCACCGGAGACGGCCAAGAAGGACGAACAGACGUCACCGGGAGUCGACGAGAGCAAGCCCAGUAUAUCAGAGGUCCCUCUGCCGCUGACGGCCAGCCUGUCCGGACACUCCUCGAGCAAGUCCCGCGAGCCACUCGGCGCUACUCCCUCGCCGCACGCACACACACACCCGCACUCUCACGCACACUCUCACACACACUCGCACACACACUCACAGAACUCUCAGUACCCCCUGGGGCUGCCGUCCGCCCCCGCCUUCCUCUCCAACCCGUCGCUGUUCAACAUCAAGAGUGAACCGAACGCCGCCUCCGGCUACGAGGGGUACGGCUCACACGCCGCCUCUAACGGACCCUACCACUCGCAGCAACACUACCUGCACGCCCUACAGUACGGCCUCGGAGGUGGGGAGGAGGAGGAGGGCAGCGGGUUCCUUCACCAGCGGAACGUGACCGCACACGCCAAGCUCAUGGCCUCCACGUAG